UUAGUGGGUUCUGGUCCUCAAUUACCGCGAAAAACGAGGGAUCACUGUACAAUAUUUCAUUUUUUAAACCUCCCCUUUAAAGAUGUGUUUCUACUAAUGGAAAAAAAGCUACAUCUUUCUAUGUAUUGUAAAGACCUGGCCUUUGAGGCGUGUCUAGACUUUUCUACCCGUUGUUUGAUUAAAAAUCUAUCUCUUGUAUCGGAUUUCUCAGGUAUACCAAAUGCUGUGGCAUCUCAGUGCAUUUCUCUAGUAGGCUUCAGGGGGCGUGUCCUCCCCUACACGAGCCAUGUGACUCCAGUAUGCCUUUCUAUAUUAUCUAUAUUUAAUGCAGGUUUAACACUAAUCCUAAAAUCGGCCCUUAUUUUCACUUUGGAAAAAUCACAGUAAUUUUAACAGCGUGAAAGGACAUAAAAAAUACAAUCCUAUUGACUAUGAAUGUUGUCUCCAUGAUAACAUUUGAGCGAUGGCUGCUAAGCCCCUAACAACUGGCGAGUGAGCUCUUAUGAUGAUGACGACAAUGAUGAUGAUGAUGUGAAUAUAUCGAGCACAGCAAGGAUGCCCAACAUGUGAACCAACACUGACAUCGACGCAUUUCCCCCCCGUUUUGACUCCCCCCCCCCCCUUCUCUUCUUCAUAGCCCGCAAACCAUGUUUUUUCCCCUCAAACACAGAAGGACGAGCGCGCGUGUGUGUUUUUGCACAGGAUCUUCCCCCCCCACCUCUCCCUCCAACGUCGCAUUGAAUUGCACGAUGCUUCCCAAUCAGGAGGCUGCGCCGAGCCGCGCUGUUUAUCCUAAAAAAAUGGAAGAGCUCCCACGUCAAAGGAAAGGCGUCAAUCGGGAGAUAUACUUCUAAAUCAUCGAUUUUUGAGCCCUGCCUCGGUUGACACAUCUGGGGCGGGAUUUUUUUUUUAUCCCCCCUUCCGAAAUUCACGCCCUCUCAGCGGUGCCUUAGCAGGACAGCUGUGUCAUCAACAACCGGCGUGGUUUUGUUGUUGUCUCAUCCGGCAACCGCUUGGCGGAAGGCCAGUCUGCUUCUGCGCCAGCCAUCGGUUUUACCACCAAGGUGUGCUGAACUCAGUGGCCUUGUGACAACACUUCCCAUCAUCUCGGGGCUCCCUGAGUACCAUGAGCUCUGGCUCCGCCCAGGAUGUGGCAGUCGAGCAUUUCCUGCGUGACAUAGAAAGGCGGAGUAAGCGGCUGCACUGUGCUGUGAUUGGCUGCGAGGUGGAACGACCCCGCAGCGACAUGAACCUGCUGUAUCGCAAGAGCCGUCUGGAUUGGAGGCAGAGGGACCAAGAUGGAAGCAAAAAAAGUUCCUCUGCAAAUGACCCCUCGGCGACCGUGGGCAAGGUCAGAGACUUGGCCUCGUUCCGUCGCCACUUCCGAAUGGGCUUCAUGACUAUGCCGGCCUCCCAGGACCUUUCGCCUCACUCGUGUGCCUCAGCCAUGGCGCCGCGCUCGCAGUCCUGCCACGCAGUCGGCGCCGGGGACGACAGUCUGGAAAAUGGAGAUUACUCUGAUGGCCAAUCCCAACACGGUGGCCGAUGCCCGCCCGUCAAACCCAAACGUCAUCCAAGCACUCGCCUCAGCUCUUCAUCUGCUGAUAGCAGAGGACCUCCCGAGACGCCGCCGCCACCUCCACCGAACUCCCACUCGCAGGGCAAGCACUCCGAGAAGAAAAAUGCCAUGAAGAAAUCCGACUCUGGAGACAUUGGCUCCAAAAAGGUGCCUCCUUUAAAACCCAAGAGAAGUCCCAGCACCCAGCUCUCCUUCGACCCCCUUCCUCCACGUGUGCCUCAUUCUGCCGCAUCGCUCCCAUUCCAAGGGGCCGACUCUCAGAUCCAAACUGGAGACGGAGACGAUGAGCCGGUCUAUAUAGAGAUGGUGGGUCAAGUCUUCACCAGAGAGAGCCAGUCCGCCACCCCUCACCCUGUCACCCCGGUAGCCACCACACCCGAUUCAGACUCCGACCAGAGCGAGGCCAUCUACGAAGAGAUGAAAUACCCCCUACAAGAGAACCGAGAAUCCCAGAAACACCUGCCGAGCAAACACGAGAAGAUGAAAAGUUCCAAACAUUACCACGUGCCCUCCUCGCAAUCCAGUAGCUCUUCUUCACUGCCGCGACCCUCGUCGUCCUCUCCCUCUUAUUCCAAACCUAAAGCUACAGUUUCAAUUUCUCAUUCGUCCCCACUACCUUCUUCCGCGUCAUCCACCCCCGUCCCGCAGGUCCUAUCCACCAGCCCCCACACUCCACGGGCGCCUACUCCCUACCUGUUGCAAGGGAGUAAAUGUGAACCAGAAUCCAACACGAAGAUCCCUGCUCCUUUCCCUAACCUUCUACAGCACCGGCCCCCGCUGCUUGCUUUCCCUCAACCGGCAGCAGCGUCCAGUGGGGUGGGAGUACAGAGCAAGGGAUCGGGCUCCUCAAAAAUGGGAUCUCAAACAUCCAGCGUGACCACGCAAGCUGGUAACUCCUCCUCGACUUCCUCCAACGUUCCGACAUCGGGCUCCAAAGAGCCAUCGGGAGGAAGUGUAACACCUCAAGAGAAACACAGCAGAGACUCCCAGUUGGGACCCGCGCCUGGACUCAGAGCUAGGAGUCACUCAACACCUUUGCCCCCAUCCUCGAAAUCUACAUCACCCUUCUCCCACCACCACCACCACCACCCUCACCAUCGGCCCUCUCACUACCAUCACUAUCGCAAACCAGAGAGGGGGGACUCCCCUGCGCCACUUAAGAGCAGCUCUCAUUCUUCCACCCAGGCCACCGUGCAGACCCAAACCUCAAGUACGGGCAAGGAAGGCAAGUCUGUUAGCUUCCUCUUAAAGACGGACAAAGGAGAGAGGGAGAAGGACCGAGACAAGGAUAGGGAUCGAGACAGGGUUAGAGAAAAGGACAGAGAAAAGGAUAAGGACAGAGAGCGUGAUCGGGAUAGCGGCCCACACUCUUUGCAACUGGAUCCUCUUCCUGCCACAUCUCAAGGUACCACCAGCUUGACUCCUACGCCUCUGUCCUCAUCCCAUCGCCCUCACUCUCGUCCUCAUUCGCGCUCUCACACACCCCACGGCCUGCCGGCUUACAAGCCGCCAUCCUCAGACAGCCCCCUCCUGUGGACUUACCCCUCCGGAGGAUUCCGGAGACCGCCGGCUUACGAGAGUUUACGAGGAAGCUCCCAGACGCCGUCUUUACAGCAGCCCUCCAGCCUCACAAGCAUUGGAGAAGGUGGCUCCAAGGGUGGUGAAGGCUCUUCAUCUCUCCAGUCCAAAGCUGGCUUCAUGCCCUGGGACAGCAGUUCUAACUUUGCAGGAGACGAAGGGUCUUCCUGGCCCUUGCAGAGAAAAUUAUCAUUCAGCCAUGGAAGCAGAGAAACUGAAAAAGAAGAAGGACGGUCUUGGAACGGAAGUGCCGAUGCCUUAUUAAGGAUGGACAAGGACGAGUUAGGAAUGGGUUUACGAGGGGGGCCGUCGAGCAUCCCGUUGCACUAUAGUGGUGCCUCAAGUAGGACCCUUGGUCACUGUGAGUCACUGCUCAGUGCGGAUAGCAGUGCGGGAUUCAGAGCCUUGCCCAGAAUCGGGAUGCCCCUUCCCUGUCAGACCUUCCCUGCCUGUCGCAACGGAGAAGUGGGGCGGCUGGGCCGUUCCUCGUCUGCUGCUGGAGUCAGACAGGUGGGCGGAGGAGACGUCCAGAGGCAGAGCAGUCUACCAGCAAGAGAAGCCCUCAAUCAGCUGCACGGCCUGCCGCAGCCCCAAGCAUCCAGCAGUCCUAGCGUGUCUAGGCAACAGCAGCAGCUGCAGCUCCACCAGCAGCAGUUGCAGUUAAAGCAGCAGCUCCAGCAGCUUCAGCAACAGCACCACCUGCAGCUGCAGUUCCAGCAGCUGGCCCAACUAGCGCAGGGUCAGCCUGCUGCCGGCGCCGCCUCGUCCGCCGCGCAGACCCAGAGGGACGGCAAGUUGCUGGAAGUCAUCGAGCGUAAACGCUGCCUCUGCAAGGAGAUCAAGGCCCACAGGCGCCCCGAUAAAAGUCUGUGCAAGCAGGACAGCAUGCCAAUCCUCCCCAGCUGGAGAAGGACGCCUGAACCUCGCAAGACCGGCACGCCGCCUUGCCAAAGGCCGCAGGCCGUCGUGUGGGACACGGCUAUCUGACAGGAGGACGGCCUUACUGACACACAUGAGCUCAAAGGCUCGUAUCGUUAGAUGCUAGUAGAUGUGGGUUCAGUCGACCUGCUGCUGCUGUUGCACCGCUGCCAAAGAGCAGUGACGAAAAGAACAGCAGUAAUGUCGAACUGGACCUUGUGUAGAGGUGGAAAAUAUUAACAGGGUUUCCAAUGAUCUUUUUUCCUUUCUGACCACAGCAAAUGAUCCUCUCCUCUCGCCCCCUUGUCCUUUCUGCAAUUUUGGCCAGAACUCCAGCAAGUCGAUUGGCUGCUAACCAGUUCAGGGUGUACCCCGCCUUUUGUCCAUAGUCAGCUGCAACCCUCUGGAAGAGAAGCAGUACAGAACCAGAAAAGUCCAGUCAUGAUCGAUUCAACGCCCAGAGGCAAUAUCUUCCCCCGUUCAUUUCAACAGACUUACUGUAACUACCCCUCUGGUUGUAAUUGGCAACAAUUUAGCCAUCAUUCUCACUGUUGAGGAUCACCGCUUGAGAGAUCAGAAUUGCCAAAUUUCCUCCUGACUACUUGACACAUAGAUUUCUUCUAUUUUUUUUCUCCAAUGCACAGAGAGGAAUUAAAUCAAGGUGCCAGUCAGAAAAGAGCAACGUGAGUCUAAAAUGUUCUGUGGGUGAGUACAUGUAAGACUCGGUGUGAAGUCAUUGAAGUGUUUCUUGAAAUUUGUCAAUGCAUACGAGAUGUCUUGGUAUCAAUAGAUUGUUGUUGUGGAUGCAAAUAAUCGCUGAAGUGUCAAAGCUACCUACUAUAUCUGUUUGCAUAAUACUUUAUGAAUUAAGUUACUUUCUGGACAUUUUUUUGCAAUUUUAUAGCAAUAUGCUCCCAGUUUGGAGGGGACCCACAAACUGGCGUCAACUUCUAGCCUAAAAACGUACAUAUCUUAAGACUUUAACGAGUCAUAUUUACUGUGUCAUCCUCUGCAUGUCACAAUACUGUAGACAUACAGUCCUGUACAAAUAUUGUGUAGAGAUGAUCAUGUUUGAAUUUUACAUACAGCAGAACUUCACUAUGAUAACACGCGGUUGUAUAAAGAUUUUUCUUUUUUUUUCGAGCCUCAUUUCGGUACAAAUGAAAGGGUACAAAAAGUCGAUCAAUGACACUCAAUGGGUCGAAUUACUGUCCAAUAAGGUACGACAAAUAGGGCCCGCGAGUGUUGAUCACCUCAAACAGAAUGCUGGAACAAUCUGCACAACACUUGGGAGAAAUCGAACCCUAAUGUACUGUAAAUACAUAUGUAAAAGUGUAUUGAAAAUGUAGCAAUUAUUUCCAUUUUCAUACUUGUAAUCAAUACAUAUUAUGUAGCAUACUGUAUAAACUUUGUUCACUUGUUUUUCUAGGAGUAUUUUAUCUGCUGCAGCCAGUCCUUGCAUUACUUAGAGUUCUAAUAAACAGUAAAUGCCCUUGAAGUCAAGGGGCAGUCCAACAGUUUAUUUAUGCAAGAUUCCCUUUAAGAUCAGUUUCAUUUUUUUGUUUUGAUUUUUACACAGUCUAUUUGUGGACAGAGUUCAACAGCUUGCUGCUAUCUCAAAACUACAGAUUUCCAUUCGAUUAUAGUGUACGGUGUCACCAUAAGGAAACAUGGUUAAUAUUCUAGUGUUUAUCGUCACUUUCUUUUUCUUCUCCUUUUUAAAAUCUCGACAAGCCACGUGAAAUGGACAUGUGAAACGUGAGCCCUUCUGUAAAAGUAUAAAGGCGUUUGAAUGUCUCUUGAUCGUCGUCGUUUUUGAUAGUUAGCACCAAAAUGUAUCCCUGUGAGAAGAAGACCUACCUAAGUGUUAGAGAGUCACUGCUUGGCCUUUUGGUUUUAGUUUCGCCUGCGCAUGUUUUGCCUUUAUUUAUUGAGUUAUUUAUUUUUCGGACAAUUGGCAUCCAUUUUCAAACCAACACAAGCCAGGUGGAAAGGAAAUGGGCAAGUGCAAUGCAUGCAGAGACUCUUUACACACACAAAAAACAAGUAUUGAUAUAAUCUUGAAUAUUGUGCCCGAUUUGAUUUCUAAUACGAACGAAUCACCUUAAUAUGGUUCCUUUUUCCACUGACUAAUAGCGGCGUUAGGGACCGUUUCCAGAACUAGUUUACAGAAACUGAUGGUUUUGUGUGUCUACUAAAACAGUGGCCAUUAUAUGAGUGCCAUACUAUAUUGAUAUGGUAAGAUAUACGGUGUAACUUGGAAAUCACUGUAGUGCUAUAUUUGCAUUGAUAUUGUCAUUCAAAUAAAUUUUAUAUAAUGAACUUUACACAACAAA